UUCUGAAAAGCUGGUAGCUUUGGAUGAAUAGAAAGCGUUAAUUGAGUAUAACAAAGUCGACUUAAACCCAAGUGUAUUCAUAAAAUGUUCAAUGUCUGUUUAUUACUGUUAUCAGCAGGUGAAACAAAGGAACGUUACGGUAAUAAUAAUCUCCAUCUUCCCUCAGGCGGUAACUGAUACAGUGAAACAAUCUGCUCCACAAAUUAAUCAUUGUCGCACGGUUAGGCCAUUAAUGGAGAUUAGAUAUAGGUGGGACGUAGUUGCGGACGAAAGUGGACAACACAACAUGUCGAAUAAUUCGUCCCAAUAUGGCGAGGAUGGAGAUACUUGUUCUAAUUCACCAAUAUGUCCAAGCAUCGUCAUUCUUGCUACUUGUGUGUCACUGGUUGGAAUCAUUGCCAAUGGAGCCGUUCUUGCCACCAUCUUUCGGACAAGGCGCCUACACAAACCCGUCUUUAUGGGAUUUGCAGCUCUUGCGCUGGCAGAUUUUCUUUAUUUGAUUUUCAAUACCUUUUUUGUUCAUUUACACUGGUUCUUUCCGGAUAACAAAGGGAGUGAAACAGCGGCUAACGUCUUAAGUGUUAUUGUUGUGACUAGUGCUUUUUCCUCAGCAUCUCACGUGACCUUCCUGUCGGUCCAGCAGUAUUUUAUGAUCGCGCAUCCUCUAUCAAGUCUGGCCAAGCAGACCAACAGAACUGUUUUCAUUGCGUCUCUGACAGUUUGGAUCGUUUGUACCAUCCCGUCGUCCUUCUAUAUCUAUGCUGUGAGAAUAAGCAACGACCCUGCACUUGGUCGGCUGGUCAAUUUUAGUGUCACCAUUAUCGUCACUUUUUUGCCGAUUAUCAUUAUUUUGAUUUGCCAUUUUCUAAAACUAAAGGCUUUGAGGGAGUCCGUGAUGAAUAAUAGACAAUCAACACGUGACAGAAUGUCAAAGGUCGUGUCGGUCGUCAUCUUGACGUAUCUCGUGACGACACUUCCUAUAAAUAUACACGAUACGAUCAAACUGGCAGGGAAGAUAGAACUAUCGACAGCUUAUUUCGUGAUAUACAGAAUAGCAUUUAUCUUACUUCACUUGAACUUUACAAUCAAUCCUUUUAUUUACUUCUUAUUUACUCCACAGUGCCGACGAAUUUUAAUGAUGGUCAAAUGUUUCCCAUGCUACAAAAGAAGCGAGGAAAUUCACUCCAGACAGACAGGAAGUACUCUGUUGUCACAUGACCACAGCGUGGGAAGACAUGACACUAACGUAUGCCAUACGGCCAUGUGAACUCUUACACUUGUAAGACAGCAAUUGUAAAAUAGCUAGCCGUUGGGCAAUAAAUAACUUA